AGCUAAAGGUAACGCUGAUCUGAGACACGUGGUGACGGAUAAGGAAUAUGGGGUAUAAUGAAAUCCCAGACAAAUCUGAUGAUGAGCCCGCCCAGCUCGUAAUCUACGGCAAAGACGAACAUUUCAAGGAAGCCACCAAGUCGUGCAAUUCUUUUGAGUCACUUUUGUUGGAUGAGGUGACGGAUAUCAGAAAGGAGUAUGGCUGGAAUGAGUUUGUGUCGAAGCAGCCUCAUGUGGCCCUUAAACUGAUAGAGGCGUUCAAAGAUCCCCUGAUCAUGAUGUUGCUCGCUUCUGCUGUCAUCUCACUCGCUACUCAGCAGUAUGACGAUGCUAUCAGUAUCACCGUGGCAGUGAUAAUUGUAACACUAGUGGGGUUUAUCCAAGAAUAUCGGUCAGAGAAAUCUCUUGAAGCCCUUAACAACCUUGUCCCGCCCAUCGCCCACUGUGUCAGAAACGGAAUGAAACAAGAUCUGUUAGCCAGAGAGCUGGUACCUGGUGACAUUGUAGAGAUAGGACUUGGUGACCGAGUACCCGCUGACGUCAGACUUCUUCAGUGUACCGGGUUAGAACUGGACGAGUCCUCCUUCACUGGAGAAACCACCCCCUGUCGGAAACAGAGCGACCCAGUGGUCGCUAACAAAGGGGAACUGGCUGAGCUCACCAACAUUGCCUUUAUGGGCACUCUCGUGUGCAAUGGGCACGGCAGAGGAAUGGUUAUUAGCACUGGAUACAACACUCAGUUUGGAGAGAUUUUCACUCUUAUGGAGUCAGAGGAAACGCCAAAGACUCCUCUACAAAAGAACAUGGACAAACUAGGAAAGCAUUUGUCCCUCAUGUCCUUCGCUAUAAUUGGAAUGAUAUUGCUAGUUGGCUUCCUCAAGGGACAACCCUUUCAACAGAUGCUAAAUAUAGGCGUCAGUUUGGCGGUAGCAGCUAUCCCUGAAGGACUCCCCAUAGUGGUUACAGUGACCCUGGCUCUAGGGGUCAUCAGAAUGAGUAAGAAGAAAGCAAUCGUCAGAAAGUUACCCUCGGUGGAGACUUUGGGGUGUGUCAAUGUGCUGUGUGUAGAUAAAACCGGUACCCUCACUAAGAACGAAAUGACCGUGACGGAAGUGACCACCAGCAGUGAUAACAACUAUAAUUUAUCGGGUACGGGCUACUUUGAGUCAGGUCAGCUUUUCCUAAACGAUAAGGUUCUUACGAGAUGUCCUGAAGAUCUGGCUGUGAUAGCCAAAAUCGGUUAUCUGUGUAACAACUCCCAAAUAACUGACCGGGAAAUGUUCGGUAACCCCACUGAUGGAGCUCUCUUGGCUCUAUCGCAGAAACUAAACAUCGCGAUAGAGGACACUGCCAGAUUAGAGGAGCUUCCCUUCACUCACGAGAGGAAGUGGAUGGGCGUGAAGUGUGUUUCCAAAUCUACGAGUGACAGCGGUAUUUACUACGUAAAGGGAGCGACGGAAAACGUCCUCAAAGUGUGCUCCCAUAUACUGAUAGAUGGAGCUCUCCAGUUAUUAAACUCAGAAUCCAAAGAUGCGAUUAUAAAUAUAGUGCAAGAAAAAGAGGACAGGGGCAUGAGAACGUUGUCUUUAUGCUACGGAGGCACGAUGAAUAGUCUCGUCUACGUUGGCAACGUUGGUAUUGUGGAUCCUCUCCGAAACGAAGUUCCAGACACAAUCCAUGAACUACAUGCCAAUAGCAUAAACAUAAAGAUGAUCACCGGAGACUCCAAGAACAUUGCCAUUUCUAUCGGCCAAAAACUUGAUAUCUACAAAGGGAGUGAUACAGCCCUUAGCGGAGAUAUGAUAGACGGAAUGAGCUCGGAACAGCUUGCCGACGUCAUCAAAUCAGUUUCUAUCGUAUACCGCUCAACUCCCAGGCAUAAGAUGAAGGUUAUCAAAGCACUGCAAUCGAACGGUCUGAUCGUAGCGAUGACUGGGGAUGGUGUAAACGACGCGGUUGCUCUCAAAUGUGCUGACAUUGGUAUUGCCAUGGGCAAGGGCACAGAUGUAUGCAAGGAAGCUGCAGAAAUGGUCCUCGGUAAUGAUGACAUGUCUGCAAUCGUGGAAGCUGUCAGAGAGGGCAAGAACAUUUUCCUCAACAUCAAGAACUUUGUUCGCUUCCAGCUUAGCACGUCCGUAUCGGCGCUAAUGAUAAUCGCAAUUACAACAUUCCGGAACAUUCCCUCACCCCUUAAUCCCAUGCAGAUCCUCUGGAUUAAUAUUAUCAUGGAUGGUCCCCCAGCUCAGAGUUUGGGCGUGGAGCCGAUAGACAGUGGUGUGGUAAACUCGCCACCUCGACUACCCAAGAAACAGGUGGUAGAUCUGUACAUGCUGACUCGGGUUUGUGUCUCUGCCGCUGUUAUCAUCUCGGGGACUCUGUGGGUCUAUAAGAAUGAAAUGGUUGACGGUCAGGUGACAGCACGUGACACGACGAUGACAUUUACCUGUUUCAUCUUCUUCGACAUGUUCAAUGCUCUGUCUUGUCGGUCUUUGACCAAAUCAAUACUACAAAUAAAUCUGUUCGGCAACACGACUUUUUUCUUCGCAAUCUCCGCAUCUAUUCUCUCGCUAUUUGGACUCAUUUAUUUUCCCUUUUUACAGACCAUAUUUCAAACCGAGGCUCUUGCCUUGGAUGACAUUGUCAUGCUUGUUUGUUUGAGUAGCAGUGUCCUUAUCGUCGACGAGGUCUUCAAACUAUUAUUAAGAGUUUUUGGAGGUGAUAAAAAAUUGACAGCUAACACAUCAGAAGACACUGAACACUUAAUACCGUAAUCUUUCACAGAUUAUUUAACGGUUAUUUUAUGUGAUAUUGGUUGAAGGAUUUAAUGCAUUAUUGAUAGUUUAUACUUAUAGUUCUUUUAAAUGCAUUUGUGAACAUUUAACCCGUUUCGUUUUAUGAUCAAUGGAAAUUAGAAAUAGCUUAACUUUUUUACUGAAGCACAAGAAUCCAAAGGUUGUGAAGUUAAUGACAGUGUUUUUCAAUCAUAUUCAGUUUCAUGACUUUGACCCAAGUUGUAUAUGGUUAAAUGCAAAUACUAGCGAUUACAAUCACUAAUAAAUUAAUCGUAUACUCGAAAAUCUCGCGCUGUAUUGCAGCAAAAUGAUCUGCAGAGGCAGAGCAGACUGCACGAGUAAUUAUGGAACAUGUAUGUUCUUAGUUCUAAUU